AUGAACAAGCCCCGCCGAAAGCACCGACUAUGCUGCAAGUCAUGGUCGCCCGUCACCGAGUCGUUGUCACUUCAGCUUCUGCGCGUGUCGCGAUUGAUCUACAACGAAGCAGCACUCGUGGUGUUUGCUGACAACACCUGGCUCAUCGAGGCCAGCCAGGGAGGCUUCCAGAGAUUCAUGGCUAAGCUCAUGCCUUGCCAGCUACGAGCCAUCAAGGAAAUUGAGCUGUAUUGUCGCCUUCGUUACAGCGAGCGCGGCGUACUCCCAAGAUCAGGUCUUACCAUCGGCAAGAAUCUUGCCAGCCUUCGUCGCCUUCGCGUCGGGGUCGUCCUAGAUCACCAUUACAUUCAGACCCGGGAGGAUAAGGACCUGGGGAAGUGCUUGAAACCCCUAGCAGAUCUGGCGCAGGGACAGCUCGAUGUCGUGAAGCUAUCUGUCUCGAGGGUGAAGGGCAAGGUGUCUAAAGAGCUACAUAAGCGAUUCCAAGAUCUGGAGAGCUUCAUGCGGUUGAGCAAAGCAGAGCUCGAGGAACGUAGAGCGAAAAUGAAACAGGACAAGGCGGAAGAGGUGGCGCAGGCUCGUGACGAAGUUCGAGAGAAGGAGGAAGCUCAAGCACAGGCGCAGGCGAGGCAACAGGAGGCGCGGAAUGCUUCGAGGGAUAUGGCCCGUGCCAAGCGAGGCCUCCGUGCUCUCAAGAAGAGCUAG